AUGUUGUUUAAUUUCGAUGGUCACACUACUGAAACUGCUUUAGACAUUAGCUAUUACAACACAAGAGUCCCUGAGUACAAGGAAGAAUGGAAUAGUAAUAAUUGCUAUUAUGUCUCAACCAUGGACAUCAAAUCUCUAUCUUAUGUCGAUACCCCAAAGACAGAUCCAAACUUAGUUACACACAUAAGUGAAAGACAAUGGAAUCUGCCUCGAAACCAUCCACAUCGCCUACUCAACUUUCCUCAAGAGGUUCUCGAUCUGAUCCUGGGCUUCACAUUGGUCAUCAAAGAUCACACUAUCACACCCGAUGUCACUUCAAGCAAUAAAAGAAAUUCAUAUAAAAUGUCACAAUCGUACACAUUGGACGGCAAGAGAUAUAAAUCAGGCAAGAGAUAUAAACCACCAAAUUUCUGUAACAUCGACCAUCCGGUUCCAUUGAGUACCAUCAUCACCAAGAAACAUCAUGAUUCAGAAGGUGCAUACUUCAUGCUUCAUAAAGUUUACCGUUCAAUGAUAGAUGCAACAAUACUUCGAGUUUGUAAGGCUAUUUCAGUUCAAGGGACAAAGAUGUUGUAUGAAAAGAAUACAUUUCAGUUCUCCAUGACGCAGGUUACCACCACUGCAUGUCCAGGAUAUCUGGUCUCUGGGAAAGUCCACAAGCCCCGUGUGGUACUGAAACACCGUAAACGAAAACAAUUGGAUUACAUCCCUAUCCCUGAUAUGCCAAACCAUAAUGGGUACCUUCCGAUGGCAUUUCGGGCAAUCGAAACACAGUCAUCAUUAUUUGAUCUUGAAGAAUAUCUCUACCACGAUCAUUUCAUCCGAUUCUUACGCGUCAUUGGUCCAGCCAAAGCUGCUAUGAUCAAAAAGUUACAUUUUCACGGAAUAAUUGUCACACAUGAAUGUCAAGGUCCUGAUCUUCUUCGCAAUCCAGCCCAAAACCGUCAGGACGUCCACUUUAAAUGCGAAGACGACUUGUAUGACAGCCUUUUCUUAUACAUUCCGUUAAUCAACAAGUUCUGUACCAGUCUCCAAACAAUGGUGAUUGGCAUUGGAGAAGACAAAAUGUACAUGCCAUCUUGUCUCAUACAAUCACAGACUAUUAUUAGAUUUGAAGCUCUUGAUGAGCUGUUGAAAACACUGAAGACGGUCCGUCGUCUUGAGAUCUAUCAAUUGAAGGAAGCUGAUCCAAACUACUUUAUCGUCGAGAUUGGAUCGAAUAGGAUAGCUCACACUUUCCCUGAACUUUAUAGUAGAAGAGUUGUAGAACUGGAAAGAAAGGUUACUAGGUGGUUCAAAAAGAGAGCAGAUAAGUGGGAACAUGAGGAGAUUGAGAGGCAGAAGACUCUUAUGACUUUGGAGACACCACCCCAAAUAGGAGAAGAGUAA